AUGGCUUCCGCUGUUCUAUCCAACCGGAACGAACCUAAUUGGCCACAGCAUAGAAGCAGUGGAGCAGGAUUCAUGGGGAAAACACCUUUCUCUAACUCUAACCCUAACCCUAACUUCAAACCUAAAUUAGGAAACAGCAAGAGGACGCAAUCAGCUUCCGAUGAUGCUUCUUCUAUCAACCGGAGAACGAAUGAUUUGAAUCACUCUCAACACGUAACCUUCAACGUGGCGUCAUACUCGAAGAAUGAGCUGAACGAACUCAAGCAUCGCCUUGUUUCAGAGCUCGAGCAGAUUCGUAAUCUUAAGAAUCGAAUUGAGUCCGGUGAGUUUCAGCCUCAGAGGAAAUCUACGAGUAAGAAGGUUUCUGGUAACAAGCGUCCCGUGCAGCUGAAUCCGACGAAGGAUUUUAAGAGAUCAAGUUCGGAGAUUGAGGGGUUGAUGAAGGGUUGCGGGCAGAUUUUGCAGAAACUGAUGAAAACCAAACAGGCAUAUUACUUCAAUGCUCCGGUCGAUGUUGUUGGAAUGAGUCUUCACGAUUACUAUGAUAUAAUCAAGCGACCAAUGGAUCUAGGUACAGUGAAGUCGAAUCUCUUGAAGAACAUUUAUGCAAGUCCAGCUGAAUUUGCUUCUGAUGUGAGAUUAGCAUUCAACAAUGCACUGGCUUAUAACCCUAAAGGACACGUUGUAAACACAGCUGCAGAACAGCUUUUAGCUAGGUUUGAAAAACUUUAUGUUCCAUUACAUCGGAGAUAUGAAGAAUGUCUAAAUCAUGAUCACCAUUUUGAAGAGGAAUUGCAAGCUAGUUCUUGGAACCACGUUGAGCCACCAGAAAGGAUUAAGAAGAAGAGGGAGAAUCCGAAUCCAGUCCCUCCUGCAGAAUACCACCAUCCAGAGCCACCUCAGCCCCUUGCAAGUUCUUCCAAACCUCCAGUGGAACAACCUCCAUUGAUGCAGUCUCCAGUGCGUACUCACACACCGUCGCCAAUGCAAGCCACCCCAGUGAAGCCUUUGAAGCAGCCAAAACCCAAGGCCAGGGACCCUAACAAAAGGGAUAUGAAUCUUGAGGAGAAACAGAAAUUGGGAAUUGGCUUGCAGAGUUUGCCAUCGGAUAAAAUGGAACAGGUUGUACAGAUCAUAAGGAAAAGAAAUGGGCAUUUGGAGCAGGAUGGGGAUGAGAUUGAGCUUGAUAUUGAAGCUGUUGACACUGAGACUCUAUGGGAACUUGAUCGAUUAGUGACUAACUGGAAGAAGAUGAUGAGCAAGAUGAAGCGGCAAGCACUAAUGGACAAUGUGAAUAACAAUGUGGCUUCAAACAUUGACAAUGGGGAAGUACCUGUUAGUGAGAAGGUUGAUGAAGUGUCACCUGUUGAGGCAAAGAAGCCAAAGAAAGCUGAAGCAGGGGAUGAGGAUGUUGACAUUGGGGACGAUAUGCCAAUGAGUGUGUUUCCCCCUGUGGAGAUUGAGAAAGAUAAAGAUGUUGUCGUUGGAGGCCGCGCAAGUAGUAGUUCGAGUAGCUCGAGCAGUUCAGGCAGUGAUUCCUCUUCAUCAAGUGAUUCUGAUUCAGGGAGUUCCUCUGGGAGUGAUUCUGAAGCAGACAAUGGGCACUUAUAG